CGCCCGCGCCGCAGCCAGUCUUGCCCAGUGCGCCGAGUCAGAAACUCGCACCAUGUCCGACACGAAACGCUUCACGCGCGCCGAGGUUUCCUCAUACAACAAAAAGGACAACACUGUCAUCAUCAUUCACAACCACGUUUACGAUGUCAAAGCGUUCCUCGACGAGCAUCCCGGCGGUCAUGAGGUCCUCGUCAACGUUGUUGGUAAAGACGCGACGGAGGAUUUCGACGAUAUCGGACACAGUUUAGACGCUAAGGAAUUAAUGAAGAAAUACAGGAUCGGUGAGCUGGUCGAUGAGGAAAAAACGGCAGAGAAAAAACGACCGCAAAUCAGUAGCGUCACUGUAGUUAAAGAAGAAGGUUUUCUGGCCGCUUGGAAGCUGCCUAUCUUUCUGGGGAUCUUAGCAACAGUGGUUUGGCAAUACUUUUUCAAUUAGUGAAGUGUGAUUGACUGCUUAGCGUUAAGAGUGAAAUCUAAUGUUGACUUUUGUAUUUUAAUAAAUAUUUUUAAAUC